CCGAGCAUUCUCACUGUUUUGAGUAAUAUCACUCAUUCUCCAAAGAGAUCAUGGCCGAAGCACUUCUGUCUGCUGUCUUCAAUGUGAUUUUGGAGAGGUUAACACCUCACCAAGGUGGCUUGAUCAACUUGAUUUGUGGAAAGAAACUCGACAACAAGAUCCUUCAGCGUUUGAAGCCGUCCCUGAUUGCUGCAAGAGCCGUGCUCAAUGAUGCUGAACUCAAACAACUCACCGAUCCUGCUGUCAAAGAUUGGCUUGAUGAACUGAAAGAUGCUGCUUAUGACCUGGAAGACUUGAUGGAUGAGAUUUCCACACGAGCUGCCACUCAGAAAAAGGUGCCCUGUUUCUCCUUUGCUUCUCUUGGUUUGCGUGAUACGAGCCUGGCAAAUAAGUUAGAAGCCAUAUCUGAUAGAAUUGAACAUAUUGUGGCACUCAAAGAUGCCCUUGAUUUGAAGAAGACAAGUGGAACUGAAACUUUGUCAUGGAGGCCUCCAGUUAUGUCUCAUGUGAAAGUCUCUGAUAUUUAUGGAAGGAAGAAAGAAAAAGAAGAUCUAAUUAAGCUUCUGUUCGAUGAUGAUGAUGGUGAUCAGUUGUCUAUAAUCCCUAUCGUGGGCAUGGGCGGGGUUGGGAAGACCACCUUAGUCCAACUAGUUUAUAAUGAUAAUGAUGUGAAGCAAAAAUUUGAUCUUACUGCAUGGGUUUGCGUUUCUGAAGCAUUUGAUCAUUUGAAAAUAGCACAGUCUAUAAUUAAAUCCAUCAGUCCUGAUUUUAUUUGUGAUAAUAUGGAUUUAAGUCUUCUUCAACAUCAUUUGGUCAAAAAGUUAGAAAGGAAAAAGUUUUUGGUUGUUCUUGAUGAUGUUUGGAAUGACAAAAUCACUGAUUGGGAUACUUUAAAGAAUUUGCUUCAGAAUGGAGUGGAAGGAUGCAAAAUUCUUGUUACAACUCGCCAUGAGAGUGUUGCUUUGAUAGCUAAAACCAUCUCAUCAUUUUAUCGCCUCAAUGUCUUGUCUGAUGAAGAUUGUUUGUCAAUUUUUGCUACACAUGCUUUCCAUUCUAGCGACUCAAAUGUGAAAUGCUUAGAAAAAAUUGGGAUCGAUGUUGCUAGCAAGUGUAAAGGAUUGCCUUUAGCUGCAAAAGUACUCGGGGGAGUAUUUCGAUCAAAACCUGACUCCGAAGAUUGGAAUAGUGUAUUGAAAAAUGUCAUGUGGGAUUUAUCGGACAACGAGAUCAUUCCUGCCUCAAGAGUCAGUUAUUAUUAUCUCCCUCCUCAUUUAAAACAAUGCUUUGCGUAUUGUUCUUUGUUCCCAGAGGAUUAUACAUUUCGUAAGGAGGAAUUAAUCUUGAUGUGGAUGGCGGAAGGUUUUUUUGCAAUCGCCAAAGGGGAAUAUGACUUUAGAAGAAGUUGGUUGUGAGUACUUUGAUGAUUUAACUUCAAGAUCAUUCUUUCAACCCUUACAAACAAGUAUUGAGUACUCUCGUCUUAGGUUAAAACAAAGAAGUGAGUUGUUUGUCAUGCAUGAUCUCAUUCAUGACUUAGCAACUCAUGUUGCUGGAGACUUCUACU